UAACUUCCACCUCCUUUCUCCCCAAAGGGUCAAACUCUUAUAUAUCUUCCAAACUCCUCCAUUCUUGCUCCAGAGCUGCAAGUAAUUGAAGAAGAUAGGUAAUCAGGAUCCAUGGGGAGAUCUCCUUGUUGCGAGAAAGCUCACACCAACAAGGGAGCAUGGACCAAGGAAGAAGACGAGCGCCUCACCGCACACAUCAAGGCUCACGGUGAGGGCUGUUGGCGUUCCCUCCCCAAGGCCGCCGGUCUUCUUCGUUGUGGCAAAAGCUGCCGCCUUCGAUGGAUCAAUUACCUCCGUCCCGAUCUCAAAAGAGGGAACUUUACGGAAGAAGAAGAUGAGCUCAUCAUCAAACUCCACAGUCUGUUGGGCAACAAAUGGUCUCUGAUAGCUGCGAGGUUACCGGGGAGAACCGAUAACGAGAUAAAGAACUACUGGAACACGCAUAUCAGGCGGAAGUUGAUGAGCAGUGGGAUAGACCCUGCAACUCACCGGCCUCUGCUGGAGCAACAGGGGAAGACGACGAUAUCCUUCAUUAAAGCAGAGGAGAAAGGUGUGGAGUUUGAGGGGAGAGGGGAAGGGAAGAAAAGUGGCGGUGAAGAGAUGUCUGUAAGGCUUCAGCGGCGGCCGGAGGGAGAGAAGAAGAAGUGGAGAUGUCCUGAUUUGAAUUUAGAGUUAUGCAUCAGUACUCCUCCUUCACAAAUGCAGCAAGUUUUGUGUCAGGAAACUGCGAAGAACGAAGAAUUGAGGCUUUGCUUUAACUGUAGAUUGGGCGUGAAGAGGAGCUCAGAGUGCAAGUGUGGUGGCAGUUUUCUUGGUCUCAGCAGUGGUGUGCUGGAUUACAGAAGUCUGGAGAGUAAUUGAGAGAGUUUUCAUAUAGUUAUUUAAUUUGUUUCUUUCUUUUCUUUUUUUUUUUCUUAGAAAU